AUGCUCCUGUCCUACGGCGGCGACUGCAACGCGGCGAACGCGUCGGGCGCGACGCCCUGCUACGUGGCGGCGCAGAACGGCGCGGCCCGGGCGCUGGCCGUGCUCCUCGCCGCGCGCGCGGACCCGCGCGCGGCGACGGCGCAGCACGUGACGCCGCUCUUCAUCGGGUGCCAGAAGGGCCACGCGGACGUCGUCCGGGCUUUGGUCGCCGCGGGCGCCGACGUCCACGCCGUCACGGACUCGGGCGCGACGCUCGUCUACAUCGCCGCGGGCGCGGGCCACGCGGACGUCGUCGCCGCGCUCCUGGACCUCGGCGGCGACCCGCACCGCGCCAAGGCCAACGGCGAGACGGCGUGCUUCGCGGCGGCGAAGCAGGGCCACGCGGACUGCCCCCUCGUGAUGGGUUCGAUGCUCUCCCGCGCCGCGGCUCCGGGCCCGGCCCGCGCCGCGGCUCCGGGCCCGGCCCGCGCCGUGACUCCGGACGCGGCCGCGGCGCCGCCGGAGAAGCGGCGGCGGUCCGGCGGCGCGGACGCGCUGACGCACGCCGUCGGGUCCGCGGCGGUCGUCACGAGCGUCCUCUCGUUCUCCGGCUACCUCACCGUCCUGCAGCUGGAGGCCUGCUCCUGGGCGGUGCGCCGGAGCGUGCGCGACGCGGGCGAGCUCUCGCUGCGCGUGUCGACGGGCCGGCGCCGGGGCCUGCGCACGGUCGCGAUCGUCGCGUGCCGCGGCGCGCUCCUCGCCGCGCGGCGCGCGGGCUGCAUCGCCCCGGACCAGCGCGUCGUCACGCUCAUCUGGCACAAGUUCAAGCACGCCGACAAGGUGCCGAGCGACAUGGCCUACUUCGACGGCUACGCGCUCGUCCCCUCGCCCCGGAAGCGCGCGGCGCCCGUGCGCGCCGAGGCCGGCGACGGCGUCGACGCGGCGCGGAGCGCGGCCGCGCGCGCGGCGCUCGAGCGGCAGCACGCGGCGCUGAUCAAGACCGGCGUCGUCGUCUUCGACAUGUCGGCCUCGCGCCGCGACGCCGCGCCGCGCCGCGACGGCAUGAAGCGGCUGAACCACGACCGCGUCCUGUCCCACGCGAACGACGACGUCCCGGCGGACCCGGCGCGCGCGGCGCUGCUCGUCGAGGCCCUGGGCCCCCUCGCGACGCGGACCCCCCUCCGCGACGCGGCGCGCCGCCGCUACCUCACGACGACCGACACCUUCUACGUGUCGAAGCGCGCGCUCGAGGCCGCGCUCGCGCGGUCCGCGGCGGCGGCGAGCUCCGUCGACCUCGCGGCGCUGCGGCGCCUCGUCGCGCGCUUCGCGUGGCGCACGUUCCUCGAGGACCGCAGCGGCGACGACGACGCGGGCUCGGACUACGACGUCGGCGGCCGGGAGCGGCGCAAGUUCCACGUGACGAAGGAGCAGUUCGACGUGCUCUGCCGCGAGGUCGCGACGCCGCGCGGCGACGAGAUCUGGGCCGAGGCCAUGGCGGGCCUCCUGCUGCCGCUCGCGCCGAUCUGGGUCUCCUCCGAGGACGAGUGGCGCGAGCCGGGCGACGUCCGCGAGGGCGACGUCGCCGCGCUCGACCUCCCGCCGUCGCUCAAGCCGGCGUGCCUCGCGCUCGCGGCGACGGAGCGCUGCGGCGGCGACCCCGUCGCCGUCUUCUCGCCGGACAUGGAGAAGCGCAGCGGCGUCCUCGCCACGCACUUCGACGCCUUCGGCACCACGAUCUUCCCGGCCCUCGCCGUCCUCGACGACCUCGCGCACCCGCGCGAUGGCGAGGCCGACGGCGCGGCCGGCGCCGCGCGCGUCGAAGCGGCGAUCGCUUCCCUGCUCACGGCCGAGCGCCUGCCGCCCCUGAAGGCGGGCGACGCCGUCCGCGUCCUCGACGAUCGGGACGCGGACUGGCGCGAGGCGGGCUUUACCGACGGCCAGUGGUCGGACGCGACCUUCGUCAAGUUUGACGACAGUUUGACGGCUGUGGUGAAGGUCGGGGACGAAGACGAGGAAGUCCUCUUCGGCGCGAUUCAGCGCCGCUAUUACGAUGCUCCGCCAGCCGCGAAGCUCCUCACGCUCGCGGUCAUGGAUGGCCGCAAUGACGUCGUCGCGCGCUUGCUCCGGCCCGGGGGCAUCGACCACGCGCUCAUGUACGCCGUCCCGACGGACGCGAAGUCGAGAUUCGAUCCGCGCGCGACGGCCCUCGAUCGAGCCAUCGCCAAGGGCAACAGCGUCGCGGCCGCGCUCCUCGUGAAUCAAUACAGCGGAGGCGCGUCGUUCGUGCCGCACGCCUGCAAUUCCGCCCUGCGCCAGAGCGCGGAACAAAUCCCGGGCGACAUGACCUACCGCGCGGGCUACGCGCUCGUGCCGACGCCCCGGAAGCCCGCGGCACCCGUGCGCGCCGAGCCCGGCGUCGACGUGGCGCGGAGCGUCGCGGCGCGCGCGGCGGUCGAGCGACAGCACGCGGCGCUCGUCAACAGCGGCGUCGUUCGCUUCAACAUUUCGUCUCCCGUCGGGGACGCCGUCGCCGCGCGCGGCCUGCGCGCGCUCAAGAGCGACCGCAUCGGAUUUAUGGGUGACCCCGAAAAUGACAAGCCGGCGGAUCCGGCGCUCGCGGAGGUGCUCAUCGAGGCCCUGGGUCCCCUCGCGGAGCGCGCGCCCCUGAUUGACGCGGCCCGCCGCAAGUUACUCCCGUAUACGGUUGGGGGAUACGUCAAGAUGCGGACGCUCGAUGCGGCGCUGGCGCGGUCCGCGGCGGCGGCGAGCUCCGUCGACCUCUCCACGCUACGCCGCCUCGUCGCGCGCUUCGCUUGGCGGACCUACCUCGAGAAACGCGAAAAAGACGGCGUCAUCAUGUCCUACGUGGACGAACAACAAUUCAAGGUGCUCUGUCGCGAGGUCGCAGCGCCGCGUGCGGACGAGAUCUGGGCCGAGGCGACGGCGGGCCUGCUGUUGCCUUUCGGGCUGCACCACGUAUCGCCCGAGGACGGCGACUUCCGCGAGUUCGGCGACGUGCGCGUGGGCGACAUCGCCGCGCUCGAACUCGACUCGGCGCUGGUGCUGGCGUGCACCGCGCUCGCGGCCUUGGAGCAGUGCGACGGGGACCCCGUCGCGGUCUUCUCCGCAGAUUUCGACGCGCGUUCGCAUGUCCUCAGCCAGUAUUAUGAGUGCGGCAACCGCCUCUACGCUAUAUGUCGGGGUGACGACAGUGCCAUCGCCCAAGCCAUCGCCUACGGGCGGGCGGACGUGUUGGACACGCUCCUUUCCGUGGAAGGCGUGUCGCUCGACCCGGCUUCUUGGCUGGGCGCGCCGCAGCCCGGCAUUUUCAUGCAGCUCGCGGCGAAGAACAAUUCAAUCGACAUCAUCAAGAGCCACGGCCCUCCACUACGUCAUCGUCGAUGA